AUGAGUGGGCAAGGCCUAGACUCUGACACAGUGGAUAUGAAGGAAUCGACGACACCCACGGAACCUACCGAUUCAACAACCACAGAGCCACAAGCCCCAGAAUCGAACAAGACAUCGCUGUUCGGACAAAUAAAGCCUAAAAGAACGUCGCUAGCGUGUAUCAGAUGUAGAGCACGUCAUAUAAGAUGUCCAGGGGGCGAUCCCUGUAAAAAAUGUCUUUUAGCCAAAAGUAAAUGUGAAUAUGUGGAAGCAGAUAAGAAGAUUGUGGUUUCUAUGAAAUAUUUAUCCAAAUUGCAUGACGAUAUUGCUAGGUUAAAAAAGGAUAAUGCCAUGUUGAGGAACAAUCUUAAAGAAGAGGAAAUUAAAAGUGGUAAAAAUGGACUGGAUGUGCCCAGCGCAUCAUAUCAAACAAGCUUGUAUCGGCUGAAUAGUCCUCAGCCGUUAACAACGUUCGAUGAUCCAACUAAUCAGGCCACAAUAGCUACUUCGCAAUAUCCUUCGUUUAGUAAUGAAGUGAUACAGCCAACGCUUGAUAAACACGGUCGUAUAAUAGAGUCUAGAACAGGGGAAAAAGUGUAUGUUGGAUCUUCUUCGAUGACAUUAUUUGGGUUGGAAAUUCAAAAUAUGAUACCGUCAUGUGUCACACCAUCGUUGUUCGAUGAGUCUAGUGAUACCCCGUUAGAUAAUUCUCCCGGUGGAAGAACGUUAGACACGCCUAGCGUAGUGUCUGAUAAUGGCCACCAAGCAAAUAAACGGCAAACGGAGAUUCUUGAAAAAGAAGGCAACGCUUAUAAGAUUAUUCUCGCUAAAACUAAUACUCGUCCGGGAUUAUCGAUUGAUUUAACAUUACCGUCAUACUCAUAUGCUAUGUUAUUGGUUGAUACGUUUGUAAAUUACAAUGAUGGAUGUUUCUAUUUUUUCAACGAAGGAUUAGUGAAGAGAUAUUUAAUGAAUCUAUACUCAGGAAAGACCGCUGAAAAUAAGAAAAUCAUGAGAAGAAACCUAUCCCAUGUGAACAUAUUCCCGUUGGAUGAGAAUGAAGCUAAGAAAAUUCAAGAAGAGGAUACUAUUCUUGAAACGAUAUGGUUCUGCAAGAUAUUAUUGAUAUUUGCAACUGGUGAAAUGUACUUAGGAACCGAGUCCGAUACUCAUAUGAAAACACAUAAAGAGCAAACAGCCAAUAAUAUAAUUAAGAGGCCUAGAAAUAAAAACAAAGAGAGUGAAAAUAAUGAAGCGAAAGCCGAUACAAAGACUAAUUCGUUGCCCGGCUCCAAAUAUUUCCAUCAAGCUUCUGAAUUGUUUACAGGCUUGUUUGCAUCUGGAGCGAUUGAUAACGUGAGAAGAGAUGGGGGUGUGGAAGCAAUGUUAUUGUAUGCAUUUUAUUUACAAGUAGCAGAUUGCACUGUUUCAUCAUACUUUUAUUUCGGUAUGGCAUUGAGAGCUGCUUUGAUUUUAGGAUGGCAUGUAGAUGCUGAUAAAGAAAAUUUGAAUAGAUUUGAGUUGGAACAUAGAAGAAGAAUUUGGUGGACCGUAUAUAUGUAUGAAAGAAUGCUUUCAUCAAAGGCUGGAUUGCCUCUUAGUUUCGCCGAUGCAAGUGUUUCAACUGAGCUACCAUCAGACUUUGAUAUGCGCCUAGUUGAUUUCCCUAAAGAUGAGAAAGAUGUUAGAGGGUAUUACAUAUUCCCACCAAACGAGUAUAUCAAGAAUUGUGUAACAAUUACUCAAAUUAAUGCCAUAAUUUUAUCCGCAUUAUAUACUAAGCAACCAACGGUAAACAUUUUGCCAGUUGUGUCUGAUUUAGUUCACAAAUUAUUAAGCUGGAAGAAUUCUCUCCCCGAUUUCUUGAAAGUGGACUUUUCAGCUGAUAGUAUGCAUGUUUCGAGGCUUGUGGUUAAUCUUAUGACAGAAUAUUUUCAGGGAAUGAAUCUUGCCGUUCGUCCACUAUUGUUUCAUUUUGCCACGAAGAAAUUGAAAGAACUACAAUUCCAGAAUAAUAACAGCAAAUAUGUUGAUUUGACCAAGUAUUCAAAGAAUGUUCUAAGUCUAUUGAAUAGUUCUUUUCAAGCAUCCAUAAGUACGAUUAAAUGUAUCUGGUCACUAUUACCUGAAAAUAUGGUUGCAUUGUUUGGAUGGAUGGAUAGAGAAUACUUGUUUACUUCUGCAUCGACUUUAAUUUUGUUUAAUGCAUCGUUUGGUGUUCACGAUGCUACCAAGGAACAUUUGGAUCAUGCCCUUAUAAUCUUUACAAGAAUGAAAGAUUUAGGAAAUUAUCCAGCUGCUUUAAGAAGAGCUCAGUUAUUGAAAUUAAUUAGUGUCUUAGAUUUUAAUGGUGUUAUGUCUGAUUUAUUAGCCAAGCAUGAUGUUGAUGACCUUUAUAAUGAAAACUCAAUGGAUUCUAAUAUGCCAAGUAACAUGCCUUCUAGUGAAACCUUUGAAGCAGUAAAGGGAUUUAGAAACGUUGGUGAUAUGGGCGCUACACAUGCAAACUUGAGUCAAGAUAAUUUGAAAUUAGGCGGUGAAGUAAAUCCUGAUCCAAAGCUAAAUAAUUCAGAUUUCGAUUUCUUACAAUUUUCAAACACUUCUUCGACAAAUAUAACAAAUCAGCCGAAUCCUAUGGCUCCAAUAUCAGCAGAUGAUACAUUAGGCGUUAAUUUACAAAUGCCAUCGGGUAUGGGCGGAACUGGUGAUAUAUAUACUAAUUCAGAUUUAGCUGGUAUUGAAGGUUUAACAUAUUUGGAUGAAGAACAACAGUUAUGGAAUGAAAUUACUAAUGAUGCUGUCUGGUUAAAUGUACCUAACACAAGUAAUCAGCUGAAUAAUGCAAGUGAUUUAUCAAAUAAAGGAACCGGUCAACCAAGCAGCAUGGAAUCCAAUGGUCCACUCAAUGGCUUUGAUCCGAAUUCCAAAUUGUUUGGUAGCCUGUCAGUAGGUAAUUUUGCUAAUUUAGCAGGGGGGUAUAGUGAUAUAGUAAACCAAGAGUUUCAAGAUAUAAUGGGUGAAUGA